AAUGAGGGGAAGACGGAGGCGUGGCCAGGUCAUGUUUACGUCUGGCGAUCUCGGGGGAGAAGAAGUGGGCCACAGCAGAGUGCACCUGUCGCACGCUCGGUGUGGUGGCACGCUGACAGUCAAAUGAGCCACUGCUGCGAGGCAAGUCACUAGAAGAUUCCAAUAAGAGCUUGAUCUGAUUUGAGGGAAGCUACAAUACCAAAAGAAGGGGGCCAGGUCUGCCAUUAGAAGGGGUAGGAGCAGUCAGGCUUGACAUUUGGCCAGGAACGAAAUGUCCCAGGGGAUGGAUUCCGUCACGAAGAUGCCGAUAUCAUCUGAAGGGCAAGAAUGGGAAAGCCAAACAACAACAACACAGAUCAGUGACGUGGAGUCUGAGGGGGAUGACCUGGUGACCCAGACGGGCCCUGAGCUGAUGGAAGCGGUGUCCCCGUCCAGACUGGCACCCGUGCUCGGGGAGGCUUUCUGCCAAUGUGUGUGGGGGGACGAGCCGAACCCGGGCUUUGGAAUCAGCGCCGACUGCCUCUGUGGGGAGGACGACGACGUCGACGACUUUGACUGGGUAUGGGACCAACGCAUGAAGUCGUCCGGCGCCUUCCUCAGCUGCGACGACCGGAAGGUGAGCUUCCACUCGGACUACAGCUGCGGCACGGCCGCCAUCCGCGGAACCAGAGAGCUCACCGAGGGUCAACACUUCUGGGAAGUCAAGAUGACCUCACCCGUCUACGGAACGGACAUGAUGGUUGGAAUUGGAACGGCAGAGGUGAACCUGGAGAAGUUCAAGUAUAACUUUGGCAGUCUGUUGGGUCACGACGAAGAUAGCUGGGGGCUCUCCUACACAGGUCUCCUCCAGCAUAAAGGUGAGAAAGUGGACUUCUCCUCUCAGUUCGGUCAAGGCUCCAUCAUCGGACUGCACUUGGACACCUGGCACGGUACCUUGACCAUCUACAAGAAUCGACGCUGCGUAGGUGUUGCUGCCACCAAGCUGCAGAACAAGAAGCUCUACCCCAUGUUGUGCUCCACAGCAGCCAAGAGCAGCAUUAAGGUGAUCCGCGCCUGUUACACGCCCACAUCCCUGCAGUACCUCUGCUGCACGCGCCUUCGCCAAAUCCUCCCCGCCUGCCCGGAUGUUCUGAGCGCCCUGGAGCUGCCUCCGGGCCUGCUCGCGCUCCUACGCCGGAGGCUCGGCUGGGUGUUCUCCGUUAUGCAAGACGAGGAGUCGGGCCCAGUCGUCCUCAGUGCCUGCGACUCGCCCAGUUCGGAAGCGGAACAUUGUCCCGAGUCACCGUGUGGUCGCUCCCCGCUGACGCCGCCCAGCAGCGACAACGAAAGUUCCGAGCCAGAAGAUUAUCAGAGUAAAAGAUGACGCUGGACAUGAAGCCUGCCUGCUCCCAUCAGUAAGUCUGUGGCAAAUGUUCCUAAAUGGUUGCCGUUUAAGAUGCAUUGAACGCUCAACUUGUCUGAACGGAAAUGUGACUAUCGACAAGCAUCAUUUCUAGCGGUAGAGCUUCAAGCAGAAAUGACGGCAAACAUUUUCUUUGUACUAUGCAGCCCCCACUAGUCUAAACGUGCUAGCCAGAUUAAUAUUGCAUUCAUUACUUGGACUUGGCUUCUGCUUUGCUCUCUUUGUAAGCGAUAUUCAACAGAUUAGACCCCCCCACCCCUGAAAAAAUGUUUAAAAAAAUAAAAGUGGAGGGAAAAGCUCAGUUGAAAUGUAAUAGGAGCGAUCCAUAUCAGGAAAGAAAUGGAUGAAUUUUUGAUACUAUGAAUAUAACCUUUUGUAACAUAUCACUUUCUUACUUGUACACUAAAAAAUAAAAACCAAAAGACAAAAAAAAAAGUU